GGACCGAGGAUCAUCAAGAAUCAUAUCUGGUGAGAUGUCACUGGACCACGAGAGUCCUGAUAUUGUGCCCUCUAUUUUUUCAUACACUAAACAAAACCAAAACCCCGAUGCAAAGAUCAAAAGGUACCAAAGAAAAAAGAAAUGGAGUGAAAGACUUCUGGUUGCUCCACCAAAUCAACCUGCUCCUGCUCCUGGAACUCCAGAGGAAGUCACCGGCAUGGAUCACAGUCCUACUGAAGAGGACAUCCCAGUCACGAGGACAGAAUACAAUGACCUGAACCUGAGGUACACCGAGCUGAAGAGUGACCACGUCAACCUGCAGGAAAAGUAUCAACAGCUGCGAGAUGAAAAUGAGAGACUUAAAGAGGAGCUGAAGAAGUCUACAUUUUCAUACUCAAAUAUUAAGUGCAACAUGGUACAACUGUUGUUUAUCACUAGAAUAACAUCUGUGCUCUUUGACUUUGUGCACCAAAAUUGCAGGAAGUGUAAAAAUAUUCAGCAAGAAGCUCUCUCUACAGGAUCAUCUUUUGAUAGUGUUAAUGAAAUUAAGGUUGCAGCUCAUGGUGCCCUUCGCAUUCCAGCUUUCACCAAAGGCAAACAGCAACUUUCUGCACAGGAAGUCGACACAUCAAGACAACUGUGA